AUGCCCAACCGCCAGAUCAUUCAGGUAUUUGAAGAGUACCAAAGGGCACGCGUCAAGUUUGUGCAAACAAUAGCGGACUUGGCCUCCAAACCGCAACACAUUGAAGCGCUGCAGCAGGCGGGUGUCAUGCAGCUACUUCGACCUCUUCUUUUAGACAGUGUUCCCUCCAUCCAGCAGUCGGCUGCCCUAGCGCUUGGCCGCCUUGCAAACUACAGCGAGGAGCUCGCCGAAAACGUCGUCUCUGGAGACAUCUUGGCACAAUUGGUUUAUUCACUCAGCGACCAGAGCCGAUUUUACAAGAAGUCAGCAGCGUUUGUUCUGCGCAGUGUUGCACGGCACUCGCCGCAAUUGGCGCAGGCAGUUGUGGACAGUCAGGCGGUGGAGGCUCUCGUUGGUUGCCUGGAGGAGUUUGAUCCAACCGUGAAGGAGAGUGCGGCGUGGGCGCUUGGAUAUGUGGCGCGGCACAAUGCCCCGCUGGCGCAAGAGGUGGUGGACAAGGGCGCCAUUCCACCGCUGGUGUUGUGUGUGCAGGAGCCGGAGUUGUCACUGAAGCGCACAGCAGCCUCCACGCUUUCUGACAUCGCGAAACAUUUGCCUGAGCUUGCGCAGGCGGUGGUGGACCAGGACGCCGUCACCCAUCUCGCUCCGCUCAUCAUGAGCAACGACAGCAAACUGAGGCGGCAAGUAUGCCAGUGCCUGGCGCAGAUCUCAAAGCACAGCGUGGAGCUGGCGGAGUUGGUGGUGGAAGGCGAAAUAUUCCCCAAGAUAUUCACGCUUCUCAAGGAUAGCGAUGAGGUGGUGCGCAAAAACGCUGCCACUUGCAUUCGUGAGAUUGCGAAGCACACACCGGAGUUGGCGCAGCUGGUGGUAAACGCGGGUGGUGUGGGCGCCCUCGUGGAUUACACGAGCGAGUCGCGAGACAGCGCGCGUCUACCGGGCAUCAUGACGCUUGGUUUCAUCUCCGCCUUCUCUGAGACCCUCGCGCUUGCUGUCAUCGUCUCGCACGGCAUUGUACCACUUGCAGAUGCGCUGGAGAAGGAACCGGAGGAUCACAUCAAGGCCGCAGCUGCCUGGUCGCUCGGACAGAUUGGCCGCCACAGCGCCGACCACGCCAAAGCCGUUGCGGACUGCAAUGUGCUCCCACGGCUGCUGGAUGUGUACUUAAACCCGAAAAGCUCAGAAGAUCUCCGCAUGAAGAGCAAACGAGCGCUGAAGAACAUUAUUCAGCGUUGUUUGCAGCUCCCUGCACUAGAGCCGCUACUGCACCCGGACGCGCCACAAAAGGUGCUCAAGUAUGUGUGCGGGCAGUUUGCAAAAGUUCUCCCAACGGAUAUUGCGGCGAAACGCGAGUUUGUUGCCAAUCGCGGCCUCGCCACCGUGCAGCGUAUUCAUCCCGAGCCAGGGUCGAAGCUUGCAGAGUACAUUCAAAGCAUCAAUAACUGUUAUCCGCCUGAGAUUGUGCAGUAUUACUCACCACAGUAUGCCCAAACCUUCCUGGAGAAGAUAGAAAACUACCACGUACAACAGGUACAGCAGAGCUAA